GGACUGCGCAUGCGUUAGGAGCCAACCUGCGCGUCCCAUUAACCCAUUUGGUGAUCAAACAUGACGUACCGCUCUCCGCUCGGCGUUUGCGAAGACACAGUGGAGAAGAUUUUAAAUGGUGAAGGUCUAGAGGUGAAAGAAUUUGACUCUUCCCCUGAAGAAGUUCAUGCAGUGGUCCUAAGGAAGACCGUCUGUUACAUUGUCUGUGCCAUCAUCUUCAAUGCAAAGGACGAGGUGCUGAUGGUGCAGGAGGCCAAACCGGAGUGCUACAAACGCUGGUACUUACCGGCGGGCCGCAUGGAAAAGGCAGAGAGCAUCAUAGAGGCCAUGGUCAGGGAGGUUAAGGAGGAGUCCGGCCUGGAAUGCCAGCCAAUCACCUUGCUUCUGAUCGAAGAGCAGGGCUCACAGUGGAUCAGAUUCACCUUCUUGGCGGAAGCAACAGGAGGCUCUUUGAAGACAGAAGCAGAAGCUGAUGCAGAGUCGAUCCAGGCUCAGUGGUGGGACAGGGAGACCCCCCUGCAACUCAGGACCAAUGACAUCCUGUGCCUGAUAGACGCCGGCCUGAAGUACAGGGAGAAGCCUCGGUUUACGCCAAUGCUGCCUAUCGACCUCCCCUGCCACGUCAUCUGCCAGAGACUGUUACUCGUAUUCCGCGACCCCGACGGAGAGCUCUGGAUUCUGCUGAGCCACAAGGAAGAUCCCCGCGUCCCCGUCGCCGUGUGCGGCAGGAAGUACUCGCUGACAUGGGUCGUGCGCAGGCUGGCGCGGGAGUGCAUGCCGUCCUCGCCGGGCCUCAACCUCAAACCCUGGGGCAUCCUGGGAGUGCAGCAUAACGGCAGGAUGCCCGGGAAGACAGAUGGGAUCUGUUUCAACAUGCUGGCGUCGGUGGAGCAGAGUGCCGACGGUGGCCAAUCCAGCCACCCUCCAUUGCUAGAGAAUCCCAGAUUUCUGUGGCACAAGGUGGUCAGUCCUAAUAUAAAAGAGAAGAUUAAUCAGAGACUGACAUCACGGUCUGUACUUCCCAUGUACAGCCUUUAUUAACGUCGGCUGAGAACCUGAAAAACAGAUGAGGCACAGUGCAUCACAGCCUGAAUGCUUUCCAAUUCUCCGAAGCUAUCAUGCGGUAGUAACAAUAAGGCCAUAGGGGAGGGGUAGGAUGCUGUUUUCCUUCAGAGAUACAGGGUCUUCUGUUUUUUCCUUCUACCUCACUAUAAUUAUCUGAAAUAUGUACUUUAAAAAGUAAUCAGUUUUCAAUAUCGGGUGAUAUCUGAAAACCAACACACCUGGUGGAAAUCUGACUGUUACCUAACCCUGCAGGAAGUAGUGAAGACUGUGAAAGCACAGCUCAAUAUAUCUAAUAUAUAAUGAAAAAGACUCCAGAUACAGAAACUGCAGUAUAACACAAAACAGAAUUAAGUCUACAACUUAUAAGUGGACUGAUAUAUACACACAAAUAAAAAUGUACGUUUUAUAAACCGUUAUCGACACACAAUAGAAAAAGCACGAGUUAGUUACGAGAUACUGUUUUUAUCACAUAUAAUUUAUAUAUGAAUACUUAAAAAAAAUUAUAAUGUAAUCUUCACACUUCAGUUUAACUAUUGGUAGAGUAAACAAGCUGGGAUUUUAUAAUGCAACAUGAAUGCACUAUGCGAUGAAAGCAUGAAGAAUACCUCCAGGACAUAACCAUUCACUAUUGUGAAGCAAACCUUGCUUACCUCAGCCAGGGAACCUCCCCAUUACUUCAGGUAAAAUAGCCACUUGCAUUAGGUUAGUGAAGGAAACUUUAAUCACUAGGAGAAAAUAAAUACACACAAAGCCAUUACACAAUCUUAAUUUAGGUUUGCUGUAUUGCCCUUCUAACUGCAUGUUGGCUGCAGAAGACAAGGGCCCCAUCUUGGCCUGCCUGCACUGACUUCAGCUUGUUAAGUAUACUUGCAUGGAUGGGUCAAUGCAAAAGAAAUGACCGAACUGUAUAAUAAAGGAUUAUAUACGACAAUUAGCCUGAAAAUCAGCCUAUUUACAAGAAUAUAUUUUCAUUGUUUUAAAAGUGAAAUCAAUAAAGAUCUGGCAAAUGUCUUAUAUUAA